AUGUCCAAGAUCGGCAACCUGAUGGGCAUGAUCAAGCGUGGCUUUGCCUGCUUUGAGUCGCUCGGCUGCGGCGCGUGCAAGAAGUGCAAGGGCCCGUCGUCGUUCUUCAAGUCGCCGUUCCCCACCCCCAAGCAGCCCGAGGUCAAGAACACGGGCAUGAUUGCCAUCAAGAUCCACCACUCGUCCGGCAACUGGCAGGUCACUGGCAUCAACCGCUACUACGACGAGGUUGCCACCAACAAGCGCUUCAAGAAGGGCUAUGACCUCAUUCCCGAGUCGUUUGAGUUCCUCUAA